AUGGCAUCUGUGACAUCAGUGGCAUCAUCAGCUGAGGCUGAUGGGAAUAAACAACAGCAACAACCACAUCAACAACAACAACAGAAACAUCAACUUCAUCAUAGUCAGAAUCAUAAUCAUUAUCAUCAACAACAACCACAUCAACAUGAUUUAGUAAUAUUCUUUAAGGUUAGGGGAAAGAUGAGAUCUGUUGUAUUCACAGGCCACUCAUUAGAAGACCUCAACGAUGUGUUUGUUCUCAACUUCCCAGAGUUUAGCAAGGAUACACUCACACCCUUUGUAAUCAAACAUCGCCAGAGUCGCAUUGUCUACGAGCUAGAAGAAGUCUCAGACCUAUACCCAGGCUGCAUACUCGAGAUGCGCAAGAACACAAGUGACUCGAUCGUUGAGGGCAAGAGAAGAAACUAUGUAUACACAGGCUUUGAGUCCAACAAGAUUGUGGUGGUGAUGGUGGGCAUGCCAGCAUCGGGCAAGACGUUCAUCGCCAGGAAGAUUAGGAAUCUACUUAACUGGAUGGGAGUAAUGGCCAAGGUGUUUACUGUUAGUGACUACCGCAGGAACAGAGUGGGAGCAAAGCAAUCAGCAGAGUUCUUUGAUCCUGGCAACGUAGAUGCAUCACGUGUCAGACUACAUAUGGCCGUUGCUGCCAUUGAUGACAUGAUGUCGUGGCUAAACAGUGGCGCACAAGCUGGUAUAUAUGACGCUACCAACCUGACGGAGGAGCGUAGACAGCUCAUCCUGGCAAGGUGUACAAGAGAAGGUGUCAACAAGGUCAUCUUUGUCGAGUCCAUAUACACAGAUCAGUCCAUGAUGGAGGAGAACAUGCUUGAGAACUGGAAGCUCUCUCCAGAUUACGCUCACAAUGUAAGUGAGAGUGAGGCAGCCAAGCACUUUAAGGAGAGACUAUUCUUUUAUCAGAAGGAGUACGUGGCGAUUAACGACGACCUCCAGUACAUCAAGUUGUACGAUGUCGGAAAGAAGAUCAUUGCCAACAAGAUCACGGGUUACUUGCCUGGCCGCAUCAUGUACCUGCUGAUGAACCUACACCUGCACUCGCGUCCCAUCUGGCUCUGCCGCUCGGGCCUCAGCGAGUGGAAGGCGCAGGGCCGCAAGGGCGGUGACUCGGACCUCAACGCCGAGGGUGAGACGUUCAGCCAUCUGCUGGCCAGCUGGGUGGAGGAGCACACCAAGAACAACGAGGAGGUCACCGUGUGGACGUCGACGCUGAAGCGUGCCAUCCGCACGGCACAGUACAUUCCACAUCCCAAGGUGCACGUUCGCGCACUCGAUGACAUUGAGCGAGGCGAGUGGGUUGGACUGACACGCGAGGAGAUACUCAACCAGAUGCCAGAUGAGUUUGGCGCUCACUCUGAUGACAAGCUUGGCUAUCGCAUUCCUCGUGGAGAGAACUAUCUAGACGUCAUCCAACGACUAGAGUCUGUAAUUUUAGAACUUGAACGAACAAGAAACACCUCAUUGAUUGUCAGCCAUCCAGCACCAUUGCGAUGCCUUUAUGGAUACAUCACUGGCGAACCGAUCGAGAAGUUCCCCUUCAUCCAAAUACCGCUGCAUACGGUGAUCUCACUCAGGCCUUCAGCCUAUGGAUGCGAGAUCAAAAUGUAUCCGUUGGCCAUGCCAAAGGAUACUACUCACCAUUAG